AUGGGAAAAUAUGAUCAAAUCAUCCCCUUCAUCCCAUUACAGAGCACCACCAGCUGCAACAAGAUCAUCCCCGCCGGCGGCCACCACCGCCUCUCCACAUCCUCCUCCAUCAUCCUCGAUUUCGACGCCGAUUUCCAAUACCACCCGAUCACCACCACCACCACCACCACCACCCCCCGCCACUCCUCCACCCUGUUCCACCGCCUGAACAGGGCCUUCUCCGCCUUCCUCCGGUCAUUCCUCCCGGCCACCACCCGGUGCCUGAGCAUCGUCCCGGCACCGCCCUCAAUUAGUCCAACCCUCGGCCGGAAAGUCACGGUCACCUUUUUUGGGCGGCGCAGGGGACACGUCAGCCUUGUUGUGCAGGCCGGCCCGAAAACCGAACCCGUCCUUCUAUUCGGGCUUCCCAUCACGACUGCCACGCUGGCGAGGGAGAUGACGUCAUCUUCUUCGGGGAUGGUGAGGAUCGCGGUCGAGUGCGAGAAGGGUCGGGAGGAGUUGGUGGGGCCCACGGGUUGUCGGGAAUGGACAAUGUAUUGCAACGGGAGGGAAUGCGGGAAAGCUCGAGAGAGAUGGUGCGGUGAGUGGGAGCGGCACGUGUUGGGCAUGGUCGGGAGGGUGUCGGUCGGGGCAGGGGUAAUACCGGAAAAAGACGGGAAGUCGACGGAAGGGGAGGUUGUUUAUAUGAGGGCGCGGUUCGAGAGGGUGGUCGGAGGGAGUGACUCGGAGGCGUUGUAUAUGAUGAACCCGGAACGAGGAGGAGGAGGGCCGGAGCUAAGUAUUUUUUUUCUUAGGGUUUGA